CGAGCCACAAACCACAAGCCGACGAACUCGAGUUGAACUUGUAUAUGACGAACUCGAGUUGAAUUUUUCCCGAGCGAUUCACGAGCAGCUCGCGAAUGGUUUGCCUCAUUUUACACCCCUAAUGAUGUGCAUAAACAAUUAUUGGGUUGCAAGCCUGCAUAUGUGGAAUCCAGGCAUAGAUACAAGAUGUUUUUCUUACAAUUUUUAGUGGUACGCUGGAUAAAUAUUUGUUCUAAUUUGCAUCAAAGAGUCAAAGUACCAAAACUCAACAAUAGCAAAUUUAGGGUCGUCUCAAGUUUCCUAUGAUUUGCAGGAGCUAAAAGCAAGGUUGGACAGUGCGAAAAAGGUUGGGGAUAUCCCGUCCCCAGAUGGAAUGUUAAUCAACGGUCAUGGAUCAAACAAUUUAAGCUUCACAGUUGAGGCGGGGAAGACAUACAGGUUUAGGAUAUGUAAUGUUGGAUCAGCAACUUCCAUCAGUUUCAGAAUCCAGAGUCAUGAUCUAUUACUAGUUGAAGCUGAGGGAACACACACAAUGCAGAAUAGCUAUGAGUUCCUGCAUAUCCAUGUAGGCCAAUCAUACUCUGUAUUGGUCACAGCAAAUCAAACUGCAGCGGACUACCUUAUUCUCAUCUCUACCCUAUUCACGCCUAACGUCCUUAAUGCAACAUCCACUCUUCAUUACAACAACAACAUGGCUAAACCCGCCCCGGCUCCUCCCCUUGCUCUACUUAAUGACUCCAUCAAUCCGUCUCUCAAUCAAGCUCGAACCAUCAAGCAAAACUUGACAGCGAGUGGGCCGAGGCCCAAUCCGCAAGGCUCUUAUCAUUAUGGACGGGUGAACGUCUCGCGUACAAUUAUAUUGAAAAACUCAGCUCCGAUCAUCAAGGGACGUCAACGAUAUGCUGUGAACAGCGUUUCGUUCAUUCCAGCAGAUACACCGCUUAAACUUGCAGACUACUUCCAAAUCGCCGGAGUUUUCACCGCCGGCAGCAUCAUUGACAACGCCACCGGAGAGACUCCUCUACUUAACAUUUCUGUCGUGGCGGCGAGUUUUAGGUCAUUCGUUGAGGUUGUCUUUGUGAAUGAGGAAGACACCAUACAGUCGUGGCACUUGGAUGGCCAAAUCUACUUUGUUGUCGGGAUGGAUACGGCCGGAGAGUGGAAAAACGCAAGCAGAUUAACUUACAACUUGGUAGAUGGAAUUUCUCGUAGCACAGUUCAGGUUUAUCCAAAAGGGUGGACUGCCAUUUACAUGCCAUUGGACAAUAUGGGAAUGUGGAAUGUAAGGUCUGCGAACUGGGGGCGACAAUACUUGGGUCAACAGUUCUAUCUCCAGGUGGGGCCCUCCACGGGUUCUCUGAGGGAUGAAUAUAGCAUUCCACGUCACGCCCUUCUCUGUGGUAAAGCGGCCAAUGAAACCAUAUCUUAGCUUAUUAAACUCAAGUGUCAAAUAUAUGUUGACCCAUUGUACUCUUUGGAAAUGCUUGUAACUUUCAUAAAAGAUACUCUCAAAUCACAAUUACUCGAUCACAGAUGUUUGGACUUAAUUUGGAGUGUUAAGUGUUUUUAAUUUCUGCAGUUAAUUAUAUGUACUUCU